CAAAAAAUAAAAAAUAUUAGGAAAUUUGGUCUCAAAUACUUUUGAUAAUUAUCUUCUUUUUGUUCAAUACUAAAUGAACUUCAAUAAAAGUUAUCCUUAUUUUUUUUUCUCAUGAAUCUUUAUUCAUAUUAUGUACUUCAAAAUGAACUUGCUAUACUUUGGUGUCCAUGAUCUUCUUCAACUCUUAGGAGCAGGCAAGCUGCUGGAAAAUGUUCCUGUUGCUGCUGAUCAGGCUUUCACCUUCAUUCUAAGAGAAAUCAGACUCCAAUAUGUGUGAUGAUGAGCAGUUCUCAUCAAUGUAAUGUGGGCUUUCUCAAUCAAAAAAUAUCACUUUUAACCCAACUUGCAUUUUCAUCCUUGCACACCACUGGAGAUCUCUCCCUUUGGGGAGAUCAAACUAGCACAAUGCUCUAUAUAUGUGAGGUUCAUUCUCAUCAUUAUAUGUGCUGGUUUUAUGGGUUGAUUCGAAUUGUGUGCCCCACUGUUGUUCCUGAAUGAGCAAUUUUAUCUUUUAGCAGCUGAACCUCAUUCUUUAGAUUUUCGUUCUCCUCAGAGAGGAAAUCAUGAUCACCUUUCAGUUUAUCAAAUCUAGCUUUCAUGGAAUCAUAGUCCUCAAUCAGUUUGACCAUCAAACGGGCUCUUCGGUUCUGGAACCAAAUUGCAACUUGUCUAGGCUACAAGCUGAGUUCUUUAGCUAACUGCGACUUUUUCUCAGACUCAAACUUGCUUUCUACCUCAAAUAUCCUCUCCAGAAACCGGCAAGUGGCCGUUUCUUCUCGGGCCGAUGAAAACAACCUUCAUACUCUUUAAUGCCAUUAUCUUCUUUGUCCAUUGGUGUUAACGUUGGCUGCUCUUUCGGUGAUUCUUUCAAUAAAUCUUAUCUUAGUAUUAUGGUUACUAUAAUUAUAUAGGUUGGUUUAUUUCCUCACAUACAAUCUAGGCUACAAAUAUUUUAUUCAUCAAGUGACUUUAUCAAUUUCUAACAAGCUAUGUAUACAAAUAGCUUACUCAACCUAACAUCACCAGUUAAUAUGCCUAUAAUGGUCUUGGGCAUUUACACGAACGCGCAUCGCGCGUUGCUAAACUAGUUAGUUAUAUGAACUUGAAAGGUACGGGAGAAUGUUGGCAUAGAUGAUAGAUAGAUAUCUAAAAAAUCUUUAUUGCACAAUAUUUUCGUAAUUAUCAAACUUUAAGUUAUUUUUAAUAAUCCGCACCCCUUGCUCCCAACCAUUAACCAUAACAUAAUCAUCCUAGCCCUAAUAAUAAUUAUAACAAAUAGUGUUAUUGGUGGAGCUAUUAUUGCUAAAGAAAAAUGUAUAAUUGUUGCUAAACCCACUCACUAUAUACGCUCAGCAGCAGGGGAUAAAAAACAAAAAGAAAAGGGAAAUAAAAUAAAGUACUGUAGAAUUAGACGACCGGCCACUUGGUUGACUUAACUACGAGUAUUAAACACUAACGCCGCAAGUACGGGCGAUCUGAUAUUUCACAGCGUUACCCACGCCGUCUCUGGGCGUCACCCCAAACGGAAUGUAAGCCUCGCAAGUGACGCGAAGAUGGUAGUGUCCGGUGACGACAGUCCCCACCCUCCACUUAACUCGCCCUAUAAUCCUGACGGUGAGCAGGACGGCGCCGUCAGCCCUAUCCAGGGUAAGAGAGUUGCCGUUGAAGGGCGCAAUGGGGACGUUGUUGCCGUAAACAAACGGAGACCAAACAUUGACCUCCUUAUGACCCUGGUAGACCGGCGGGAUAUCGGCGUAGAAAGUGAUUUGCUGGCCGUGGUACGUAGCGUAGGCCUUGAGCCGGUCGUAGUAAACGCCGACGUGGCUGUUGGGGUUCCGGGCGAUGACGGUGACCUGGAUGUUGGUGGACAAGAUGUUGGGGGCGGAGAGGUUGAAGCUAAAGAUUGUGGCUUCUUGGAGCACGAAAGUGGGUUUGGCGGGCUGAAGAAUGGCCCAGACGAGGAGGAUGGUGAGGAGGAGGACGAAGAGGAAAAUCAGACCGCCCGAAAUGGCUCGGCGGAUUAUCUUUCUUCUCCGCUCCUUGUGGUGGGUACACUCCUUCGUAGACAUGGUCUCUUUCCCGGCGGCCGUGGGUGGAAGGGCAGCAGUGAAAUUGCAGUGGGCGGGCCGCGGUUGAUAAGUUGAUUU